GACAUGUGGCAGUAGAGACCAGUGAGCCUUGAGGAGAGACUAUGGGGGACUGGAACCUGCUGGGCAGCAUCUUGGAGGAAGUACAUGUCCACUCCACCAUUGUAGGAAAGAUCUGGCUCACCAUCCUCUUUAUCUUCCGCAUGCUGGUGCUGGGAGUGGCGGCCGAGGACGUGUGGGACGAUGAGCAGAGCGAGUUCAUCUGCAACACGGAUCAGCCGGGCUGCAAGACCGUCUGUUACGACCAGGCCUUCCCCAUCUCCCUCAUCCGCUUCUGGGUCCUGCAGGUCAUCUUCGUGUCCUCGCCCUCCCUCGUCUACAUGGGCCACGCGCUCUACCGCCUGCGUGCCCUGGAGAAGGAGAGGCACCGGAGGAGGGUCCAGCUGAAGGCAGAGCUGGGGGAGACGGAGGCGCUGGUGGAGGAGCACAAGCGCAUUGAGAAGGAGUUGAAGAGGCUGGAGGAGCAGAGGAAGGUGAAGAAGGCUCCACUGAGAGGGUCCCUGCUGCGGACGUACGUCAUCCAUAUCCUAACACGCUCCGUGGUGGAGGUGGGCUUCAUCAUGGGCCAGUAUAUCCUGUAUGGCAUUGGACUGGAACCUCUUUAUAAAUGCGAGAGGAUGCCUUGCCCCAACAGCGUGGACUGUUACGUGUCCAGGCCCACGGAGAAAACAGUGUUCAUGGUGUUCAUGAUCGUCAUUGCCGGGGUGUCUCUCUUCCUGAACCUAAUGGAGAUUUCCCACCUGGGCAUCAAGAAAAUCAAACAGACUCUGAAGGGAGACAAGUACCCAGCAGACAACGACAGUUUGAUUUAUAAGCCGAAGAAGAAAGCGAUGAUACAGCAACUGUGUGUGAUGAGGAAACUGUCUUCUCACAACGGGCCGCUGACUCAGACCAUCUUCAAAGUCAUUCCUGAGGAGGAUCUGAACCCAAUGGACCCACCUCCCCACUACAUACCUAACCACGAGGUGCCCAGGCACAACAGCGUGGCUCCAGGCCAGUACCUGGCCAACUGCACUGGCCUCCAGCCCCAUCAGCACUACCAGCAGCAGCAGCAGCAGCAGCAGCUCCAGCAACGUCAGCCCAGCCAAGGGAUGAUCCAGACCCUGCACCUCCAGGGAGCCCCAGAGAACCACACCACCACCAUGGUAGACCAGCACCCUCCAGCCUACGGAGGAGUUUUCUUGAAUGGAGACAGUGGGCCCAGGAACCUGCAGGGUCAGCCGAACCAUAAGGACCCCAAUUUACACCCUCAAGACCACUACCAGCCCAGCCACAUGGAAGUAGUACCUGUGCCUAUUGCAACACACAGACCCAGCAUCAUGACAACACACAGACCAAGCUUGGCUCCAAGGGACAUAGACCUGGAGGCAGAUAGGAGGAAAUCAAUGGGCAGCGACUUCCUCUUGCCUAACCCAGGAAGGAAGCAAAGCUUCAUGACACGUAUGCCCUCUGAGAGCAUGUCCACCAUCAGUGACUGCAGCAGCAACUCUCUACGGACAUCUGACUCUGAACUGGGCGACAUGGGGGACAUGCCCAUGAUGCCACCCCCUGGAAGGAGAAUGUCAAUGAGUGUAUUCUUGGACAUCUCCUCUAUCAUGAAAAAGUGAAGAGGGAAGAGAGCAAAAAUAGGACCCAGGAGUUGCCUACGAGUGAAGCAACACACAGAAGAUAUCAAUAACACUGCACUCAUCAUUGAUUGAGCCAAAAACAGCCACCAUCCCAUGCCAGGCCGUGCGUGGGCGUACGUAGUGCCAUGUGUGGGUAUAAGCCAUACGCAGUGCUGUUCCCCAAUGUGUUUUCAAUUCAAAGCACCUAAAAAUGCUCAGUAUCUCCAAAUGAGUUACUUUUUAUGUGGUUGAUCGUGGCAGAAAAGGAAAAGGAUUGUGCACAUCAACAGAAAUGUGUUGAUUGUGAUAAAAUAAUGUUGGUGAGCAUGCAAAAGCUUGGAAAAUGCAACGAUAUCCCUUGAAAAACUUUUGUAUGCUUAUAUAGAGCAUUCACUUUUAUAAAAGUAUUAUUUUGCUUGAACUUUUUUUAACCCUAACAAAGACAACGUUGGGCCAAUUGUGCGCUGCCCUAUGGGGCUCC